AUUUUACAAAUUCUGAUUAAAUAUUUUUGCCAGUAGACUAUACCAAGGAUUAGCAGAUUUUUCUAUGCUUUUUUGCCAUUGCAGCUUCAGAGUAUGAUUUUAGCUUUCUUGUACGAAUAUUUUCUUUUGUUUAAAUCUAUGCUUUACAUUCGAUGGUUGGACAUACCCAGUGAAAGGCCAAGUGAUACAAUCGGUGAAAAUAGCCGAAAAGUUAAUGACUCAGGUAAAAAAGAAGAUAUUAUUGUGUGAUUUUACAUUGAAUAUGGCUCCUAAAUAUAUCAGAUUAGGGAUCGAAUCUUUAGUGUAAAUGUUCCACUUACCGGGCAAGGCUCGACUUAAGGUUACAGCUCUUAACAUUUUCUUCUGUUUUUAUUUUUAAACUUUUUGUAGCAAGCUUGCUUCUUUAUUCGUCGCGCUUUUUUACAGGUCUACCGUCUGGCAAAUGCUGUUAUCUUCAGAUAAAUUACCCAUUAGCGUUCAACAUAAGGUACAUUGUUCAAUGAGUUAAUAGUCAUUGUCCUUUCUAUUAUGCAUUUCUAAAGUUGAGGGAUUGAUGAUAUGAUCAUAUACUUGCCCGUUGCAAUGGCUUGUUUAGCGGUAUCAUUGCCCGUUGAAUGAUGAAGUGGAGUGAUAAUUCAACGUUUCCAUCCCCCCCGACAUUAAUUGAGUUGCCAAAUAAAUGCAUAACUAUACAGGGACUUGAUUUUUUUUCUUCGUGCCAUCGAACAUAAGGUAUGUGGACACUCUGCACUGUCGCCAUCUUGCAGGGCAUCAGCGAAAAUAUCUUAUUUACUACACCUAACAGAUAGCGAGGCCACAUUGAGGACAGAGACUCGGGUUCUACCGACAACUAGGGUUUAUCUUCAUCGUCUUCUUUCUCCAUAGCUCUAAGGAAAAGCUGCCGGAAAAAGCAACAGAAUGGUGGGUAUUGACAUUGGUGCAGUACCUUUUAACGCCGACGGUUGGGGGCCGCCUGAAUCCACUACCGGCGGCUCCAUCUCAGUCCCCAAUCAACCAUCUUACGUGCCAUUCGCACCCUUCUCCCGCUCCGAGAAGCUGGGACGAAUUGCCGAUUGGACUCGCUCUUUGUCUAAUCAGAACCGACCCGGAUCCAACACAAAACAGAAUGCAGUGGACAGUGCCUUCGAUUUCACCGGAGAUGACUCCUUCGCCACGCUAGCUGCUGACGAGGACUCCUCCUUCCGAUUAGUUGACACCGCCGCAAAGUCCCACAACCACGGCCAAAAUCGCCCCAAAUUCAACCCUAGGUGGCGAUUCAACCCGCACCACCAGCGUUCCCAGCUCCCUCAACGCCGUGACGAGGAGGUGGAGGCUCGCAAGCGCGAGGCCGAGAAGGAACGCGCCCGUCGCGACCGCCUUUACAACCUCAAUCGUUCCGGUACUAACGCUGCCUCGCGCCGCGAGUCUGCGGUGUUCAAAUCCUCAGUCGAUAUCCAGCCGGAAUGGAACAUGCUUGACCAGAUUCCUUUCUCCAGUUUCUCCAAGCUCUCGUUCUCCGUUCCCGAGCCUGAAGAUUUGCUCAUCUGCGGCGGCCUAGAGUUCUACGAUCGCUCCUUCGAUCGCAUUACUCCCAGGAAUGAUCGCAGACUUGAGCGCUUCAAAAACCGCAAUUUCUUCAAAGUCACCACUACCGAUGAUCCAGUUAUUCGGCGUUUAGCGAAUGAGGAUAAGGCCACUGUCUUUGCUACCGAUACCAUCUUAUCAACCCUAAUGUGUGCUCCUAGAUCUGUUUAUUCGUGGGAUAUAGUGAUUCAGAAGGUUGGAAACAAGCUAUUCUUUGAUAAGCGUGAAGGAUCUCAGCUGGAUUUGCUCUCCGUGCACGAGACUUCUCAGGAACCCUUGCCUGAUGUUAAGGAUGAUAUAAAUUCAGCUUAUUCUCUUAGUGUGGAGGCUGCUUAUAUAAACCAGAAUUUCUCGCAACAAGCCCUAAUAAGGGAUGGUAGUAAGGUCACUUUUGAGGAGCCUAACCCGUUUGCUAGUGAAGGCGAGGAGGUUGCUUCGGUGGCUUAUAGGUAUAGGAGGUGGAAGUUGGAUGAUGAUAUGUAUCUGGUGGCUCGGUGUGAGGUGCAGAGUGUUUUGGAGGCGAACAACCAGCGAUCCUUUUUGACACUGAAUGCAUUGAAUGAGUUUGAUCCCAAGUUCUCGGGGGUUGACUGGAGACAGAAGUUGGAGACUCAGAGGGGUGCGGUUUUAGCUACCGAGUUAAAGAACAAUGCGAAUAAGCUUGCCAAAUGGACCGCCCAAGCCCUGUUGGCUAGUGCAGAUAUGAUGAAGUUGGGCUAUGUGUCCAGGGUUCAUCCUAGGGAUCACUUUAACCAUGUGAUAUUAGCUGUGGUGGGUUAUAAGCCGAGAGACUUUGCAGCCCAAAUCAAUUUGAAUACUUCUAACAUGUGGGGAAUUGUGAAGAGCAUUGUGGACUUGUUUAUGAAGCUGAACGAUGGAAAAUAUGUGCUUGUUAAGGACCCGACUAAGCCUCAAGUGAGAAUCUAUGAAGUUCCAGCAGAUGCAUUUGAGAAUGAUUAUGUGGAGGAGCCAUUGGCCGAAGAAGACCAGGUUCAACCGCCUGCAGAGGAUACAGAAGGCGUCGAGGCAAAUAGUGCAGCAAAUGAUGUAGAGGACAAGGGGCCGAGCACCGAAGCAUCUUAAAGGCCAGAAAUUCAAGUGGCUGUACUUCAAACUUGUGCUGUUGUUGUUCUAAACCCUAUUUCUGUGGUAUUUGAUUGAUGACCUUCCUGGGGAAUUUUUAACCAUCUAAAGAGUGUUAAAACUGUUUGUAUAAUGAGGAUUUUUUUAGUUUUUUUUUUCUUAAAUGGUUUUGGACUUUUUUUUGUUUUUAAUAGUAUUAUCGACUCUAUUACAAGGCAGUAUUUCUCUAUUACAAGGCAGUAUUUGUUCAAUA